GCUGAGAAGUUCUGGAGCGCGUCGCGCCGCGGUUUGUCCCCCGGUGCGAGCGGUGCGUCUGCUGCGCGCUCUCAGCUCAGACUUGGAUAACUUCCCUUCAGACACUCCGAGGGAAACCCGGCGCGCCCUUCGGUUCUUUCCGGGAGGAUUAACUGACUAUUCGGACUGUGUCGGACCCGGGACGUGCGCAGAGGAGAUGGAUAACUCCUGCUAUUUCUUGGCUGUGUUUAUGCUCGUGCUCUCUCUGGGCUUCAGGAUAGAGGAAGGCAUGUGCCAACACUACUACCUCCUCCGACCCAUUCCCAGCGAUACUCUGCCCGUGGUGGACCUAAAGGAGGACCCGGAUCCGGUGCUGGACCCGAAGGAGAGGGACCUGAACGAGACGGAGCUCAGGAGCGUUCUGGGCAGCCACUUCGACCCGCACUUCAUGUCCGUCUCCCCGCCGGAGGACAAAUACGCGGGGAACGAGGAUGCGAGCGACGUCGAGAUGCGCCAGAAGCUCUCCGGAGCCAUGCCCAAAGAGAUCCGGGCCAUGGAGUUCGAGGUCCAGCACGGCAAGAAGCAGAGGCCGAGCAAAAAGCUCCGGAGAAGGCUGCAACUGUGGCUGUGGUCUUACGCCUUCUGCCCGGUUGUUUACGCGUGGAACGACCUGGGCAGCAGAUUCUGGCCGCGCUACGUGAAGGUGGGGAGCUGCUACAAUAAGCGGUCUUGUUCGGUCCCCGAAGGGAUGGUCUGCAAACCUGCCAAAUCGACUCAUUUUACGAUCCUGCGAUGGCGCUGCCUGCAGAAAAAGGGGGGUCUGAAAUGCGCCUGGAUACCUGUCCAGUACCCCAUUAUAUCGGAGUGCAAAUGCUCCUGCCCCAACUGAACAAGAGGGACCGUGGCUGCGAUUGUUGGACGAGCCGUCGCAGCCCGGGCUUCGUCCUCGUCUUUCUCCACCGGCUGCAGAACAAACCGACCUUCGCGGGACCUCUCGACCGUCUCAGCGAGUCUCAACCCAAAGUUUCACUCGAGUUUUAUUUAAAGGGAAACAAGACUUUCAGACCGAAUAUGAGACGAGACGAUGCAGUGCACUGUCCAGGGGAAGAAUGUAUAGUUGAUGUACAUGUUUUUAUCUUACGACAGAACUUUGUAUAAAAAGGAAGGUCAGUAUUAUUAUUAAUAUAAUCGAAUCUACUGUAUUUGUGUAAUGUACCUUGAUUGUACCUGCUUUAUAUUUAUAAUGGAGAACGGACACGUUCGAACUGAAGCUAUUUUCUGUCACCGGGGAGAGAUCGAAACCGGUUCGCGGGCCCCGAGGAGAGUCCUGACAUCUGCCGUUU